AAAAAAAACACAUAUUUCUGCAGACGACUUUUUUUUCCAAACAAAUCCGGAAGCCCCGUCGUUUCUGCUGCGGGACAGGCGGCUGUUUUGCGCCUCGAUCACCGGUGGGCCCAUCAAAAAAAAAAAAAAAAAAAAAAAAAAAAAAAAGCCAUGCAAAGGCUGCCUUCCCCGAUCUCAAUCAGGAGCUGACUUUUUAUAAUCUCCCAUCGCUGUGGCGCAAAAUGGAUGCUUCUUGGAGCAAUUUUCUCUUCCAGAAUACUCCCACCCCAAACCAAGUGGACGGGAGCCUCCAAUCAGAGCUCAUGCCAGUGCACACGAGCUCUCCCCAAACCCCACCCACAGAGCACAUAGCACAGCCUCCUUCGACUGUGGACACUGCUGCUCUCAAUGAGGAGCCCCUGCCUGGUGAGGGACACUACACUGCAUCCUACACCUGUGGAGCUCAUGAGAUGAAGCCAGUGUCUCGGCCGGCCCGCAUGCCCCACAUCUGUGCCAUCUGCAACAAACAGUUCAAGAACAACUACAACCUGCGGCGGCACCAGUCGGUCCACACUGGGGUACGCAUGAAGGACAGGGCCAGAGAGCAGGCGGAGGGGGCAAAGGAGGGAGCAGCCGGCCAGGUGGCGUUGGCGGUGGCGGCCCCGUCAGUGAUGGCGGUGGGGGCUGGAGGGAGGGUGGAGAGGCCCACUGUUCCCCUCUCCCUGCUACACCUCUCCGCACCUCCCCCUCUCGCCCCUCCUGUCGUGCUGGCGGUGGCCCAGCAGCCUCCCCUGGGUAGUCAGGAUGGUGAAGGGGUUGCCAUGGCUAACGUGAUGGCUAGUGUAAACCCCCAUGCUCCGCCUCCUGCUGCUGUCGUCAUGGCCACAGGGGCGACAGUACAGCGACCUGCAAAUCCCAACCCAAACCCGGUGAGGAAGAACCACGCCUGCGAGACGUGUGGGAAGGCCUUCCGCGACGUUUACCACCUCAACCGCCACCGCCUGUCCCACUCGGACGAGAAGCCGUUCUCGUGUCCCAUCUGCCAGCAGCGCUUCAAGAGGAAGGACCGCAUGAGCCAUCACGUGCGCUCCCACCAGGGAGGUGUGGAAAAGCCCUACGUCUGCCCCCACUGUGGCAAGGCUUUCUCCAGGCCUGACCAUCUGAACAGCCACGUCAGACAGGUACACUCCUCGGAGCGACCCUUCAAAUGCCCGACCUGUGAGUCUAGCUUUGCCACGAAGGAUCGUUUGCGUGCGCAUAUGAUUCGCCACGAAGAAAAGGUCCCCUGCCACAUAUGUGGCAAGCUCCUAUCUGCUGCUUACAUCACAGAUCACAUGAGGGUGCACAACCAGUCACAGCACCAUUCCUGCCAUCUCUGUAACCGCAGCUUCACCACACUGACAUACCUCCGUGUCCAUGCCCAGAAGCACCAUGGGCAGGAGUGGAAGGACAGUCCGGGGGGCUUCGGCACAACCUCUGGUGGCAUACUCGUCUGCCACCUGUGCGGCGUCCACUGCAAGACACCCACCCAGCUCCAGGGGCACAUGGGCACCCAUAGCAACAACCAGGGUGCCCCGAGCCCCAUCACCUCUAACGUGGGCGCCAGCAGCUCCGUCUCCCUUAGCAACAUGGUGGCAGCUCCCACCGUGUAUGUCACUGGUAACACGGUGGUGGACCUGCUUGUCACAGACUGCUCCAGCAUUGCAGCGCCACAAUCCCACAGCUAG